CGUCUGAUGCUUAAAACAGAGCAUGCUUUCAUCCCUCCAUGCAUUGUCGUAACCCCUCUAUGACUACUCUUAAAAGGGUGCCUCAGCUAGUCAGGGAAACAGUUGCUGACCAAACGAGAUAGAGCCUAUUUGAUUCAGCCUUCCUGAAUGCUUAAUUUUUUCAACUUUAUAUCAGCCUGACCAAACAGGGCCAUGUCUACCUUUGGCUACAGAAGAGAGCUUAGUAAAUAUGAAGACAUUGAUGAAGAUGAACUCCUUGCUUCUCUGACUGAGGAGGAACUGAAUGAGUUAGAGAGGGAGCUGGAGGACAUUGAGCCCGACCGUACCCUUCCAGUAGGGCAAAGACAGAAGAGUCUGACAGAGAAAACUCCAACAGGAACUUUCAGCAGGGAAGCGUUGAUGGCUUAUUGGGAAAGAGAGACCAGAAAACUUUUCGAAAAGGAACGAUUGGGUACAUCUGAAAAGGAUUCAAAGGAAGAAGAAGAUAGUUCAGAAGAAAUUCAGGAAGAAUAUUUCACAGAAAGUAACAGUGAAGUUUCUGAGGAGGCAUACACUGAAGAGGAGGAGGAAGAGGAGGAGGAGGAAGAGGAAGAAGAAGAAAGCAAUGACUCCGAAGUGAAGCAAAAUGCUGAAGUUUGUGAAAGGACUGUGAGCUCUGAAAGUGGCAGGAGUUCUGACCACAUGAAACAUAAGGAAUGCAACAGCCAUGAGGAAAAUGAAAACCUUAUCAAUGGCCAUAAUGGAAGUGACACAGAAAAUACGAGAUCUCAAACAGGUGCCAUCCAUGCUUGUGGAAAUCCAACCGUCAUUGAGGAUGCAUUGGAAAAAGUUAAGAACAAUGACCCUGCCACCACCGAGGUGAACCUCAAUAACAUUGAAAAUAUCACUAUACAGAUGCUUACACAGUUUGCCCAAGCCCUCAGGAACAACACACUAGUUAAGACUUUCAGUCUAGCUAAUACUCAUGCUGAUGACAAUGCUGCAAUUGCGAUUGCUGGCAUGUUAAAAGUGAAUCAGCAUAUAACUAGUCUGAACAUUGAUUCAAAUUUCAUCACAGGCAAAGGGAUACUGGCCAUUAUGAGAGCUUUGCAACAUAAUAAGGUUUUAACAGAACUACGAUUUCACAACCAAAGACAUAUCAUGGGCAGUCAGGUCGAAAUGGACAUAGUUAAACUGCUGAAAGACAACACCACUGUGGUGAAGCUAGGAUACCAUUUUGAGCUUGCUGGACCAAGAAUGAGCAUGACAAGUAUCCUGACUAGAAACAUGGAUAAACAAAGGCAAAAACGUAUGCAGGAGCAAAGACAGCAAGAGCCUGGUUGUGAAGGAGCAAUCAAUCCAAAGACCAAAGCCUUGCAGAAAGGAACCCCUCGGUCCUCACCUUGCUCAUCUCCUAAGAGCUCACCUUGGUCUUCUCCAAAACUCCCUAAGAAAGCUCAGCCAGUUAAAAGCCAUCCUCCAGCUCCUGCUUCACCUCCUCCACCACCUCCUCCUCCACCACCCCUACCUCCUGUCAUUUCAGAAAAGAAGACACCAACCAGGAAUAUAGCUGAGGUCAUCAAACAGCAGGAAAACACCAAAAAAACCUUACAAAAUGGAAAGAAAAAGAAAAAAGGCAAAAAAGGCAAAAAACAUGAGAAUAACAUAUUGAAAGAAAUUAAAGAUUCCUUAAAGUCAGUCUCAGACAAGAAAGCAGAAGAAGGAUCACAGCCCUCUACCCGACCCUCUACCCCACAGAGGUCUCUUCAUGAUAACCUGAUGGAAGCAAUUCGGGGAAGCAGCCUAAAACAGUUAAGGCAGGUGGAGAUCCCAGAAGCUCUUCGAUAAAAGCAUGGAUUGAUUAUAGAAGAACCAAAGCACUACAGUGGGCAAGGGAAGGUUACUGACUUGUUGAACGGCGGUAACAUAAGUUGUCUUGUGAUGUUUCCAAAGUGCACUCUUAGAUUUGAACAAAAAUAUUAUCUUUUUACAGAGAUAGACCUAUUAAACACUAAACAAUGCUUUAAGAAUGCAUAAGCCUUUUAAUCUGUAAAUAUGGAAAUAAACGUCUUUUUAUAUUUAAUAAGAUUUCUAUUGCAGAAAUAGCAGUUUAUUUAGAUAUACUUUUCAAUAUCUGAUUGCACACCAUUGGACAUGUUUUUAACACUGAGAUGUAAUGGUUUAGUGACCUGUGGUUUUUUUUUCCUUUGUUUUUUUUUUUCAUUACUUUACAAUAAAUAUUGUUUGAAGAUUUUCAG